GGCGGGCGUGAGCUACGCCGGGUCUCGGGAGUGCUGUGAGGCAGAGAGGACUUCAGGCUCUUUGACCUCUGUGCCCUUGUACUUUUGGGAGCUUCUGGGCUUUUGGCUCCUCCAAAGUUCUUUUCUGCGCAGAUCCCCAAAGUCGUCCACGAUGAGCGGCAUGACACAGAAACUGCGGGAGAUAGUCAAGUCCUUCGCUAGUGUUCGCGGUUUUGAUAGAGUUGUGGAAAAGGUGACUGUAAUCUCUGCUGUUCCGGGGAAAGUGGUUUGUGAAAUGAAAGUAGAAGAGGAGCACACUAAUAAAAUGGGCACUCUCCACGGCGGUUUGACAGCUACUUUAGUAGACAACAUAUCAACAAUGGCCCUUCUAUGCACAGAAAGGGGCGCACCCGGAGUCAGUGUUGAUAUGAACAUAACGUACAUGUCACCUGCAAAAAUGGGAGAAGAAAUAGUGAUUACAGCACAUGUUCUGAAGCAAGGAAAGACACUUGCAUUUUCCUCUGUGGAUCUGACCAACAAGGCCACAGGAAAGCUAAUAGCUCAAGGCAGACACACAAAACACUUGGGAAACUGAGAGAAUAGAAGAAUGCCAGCAGUGAAUAGCAAGUGUAAAUUUAACUUGAACAAAUAUAAUUUUCAAAAUAAAUUAGCAAAACCAGAAA